AUAAAACUCGGCCGUUUACGCAGACCGUUAAUAUUGAACAAUCUCUGAUAGAAUUAAAGAUAUUCUGUCUAUCUGUGUCUAUACGUUACCUCAUAACAAAAUUUUACAAACUGGAUUAACUUGAUACAAUAUUUAUAUUUAAUUCCUGAAGGAAUUAAUUUUCAUAUAAUUAUGUCUUAAUACUAGAAACAUAAACUAAUAACAAUAAAAUUGUAUAACAUUAAAUGUAUGUACUUGUUUUAAAUAUAUUUUCACGAUGAUACAGUGUCAUUUUCUACAAGACGUGAAAUAGUGAGCUACAUAAUGGUAAACACUUACAAACUGAUGCAACAUCGGAAUAAAAUUCUAUGCAAUUCUAUCUACCUCGUUAUCGCAUUUUGCGUUAGAACAACAGACGGUGGCACAUGCUGGGAAAAAAUUGCAGAUAACACAAAUCUGUGUCAAAAAGCUUUCCGUCUCAACAUGACCAAAGAGGAGUGUUGUAGAAUCAAUGGACCCCCAACAGUGUCAUGGUCCCAUCAUGAAAUAACAAGCGAUAUAUUCUACUGGAAUUUCCUUUCUAACGGGGCUAAAAAGUGUCAAAGAUGUCAUACAAAUUGCUCGUCAGUUCUAUGUGAAGAAGGUAAAACGUGUCGUAUGUUUGAUGGUCUUCCAGUUUGUAUUUGCAGGCCUCUUUGCGAUAAAACAUUAAAAGCUCGUGGUGCAUUGUGCGGAACAGAUGGUCAUAAAUACAGAAACUAUUGUGCUUUACAAAGGCUCAACUGUUUAAGGGAGCGCCUAGUAAAAGUCGAAUAUUAUGGAAGAUGUAGAAAUUCAUGUAAGAAGGUUCACUGUGAGGCAGGAACGCACUGUUUACAAGAUCAAAAUGGUGUUCCACAUUGUAUAUCAUGUCAUGACCAUUGUAACAUCGUCAUUCCCGACAAUCCUGGAAACUAUAUGUGUGGAGAAAAUGGCAAGACAUAUAGAAAUACAUGUGAACUACGUGCUGAUAUAUGUAAAACCGGAAGGAGCAUACGUAUAUCACACUUUGGGAAAUGUCUUGAAAAUGACACUUGCCGUACAUUAAAAUGUCCACAUAAAACAACCUGCUUGGUUAGUGCUUUAAAUGAUAAACCGGUGUGUAUGAACUGUGCUGCACGGUGUUCACAUGCGGUAAACUUUACUAUUUGUGGAACGGAUAAAAGGACUUAUCACAGUUAUUGCAAUAUGAUACUGUCUGGUUGCCAAUCAGGCAUAUUUUUAUCAACAAAGCAUAGGGGCAAGUGUAAAGGACGAAGUAGAAAUGGGCAAUUUAGAAAAAUUAGAAUUCAUAACAAGAACGGUAUUAAAAUCAAGGAUUUAUCUACCAAAAAUAGGCAGAGACAACACAAAAGACACACACGACGAAAAAGAAAACGAAGAAACAACCAGCACAGUAGAUAUCAUAAAAUUUCCGAUCAUUCUUUAAAGAAACAACCUGUUUAAGCAAGGAUGCCCACACAUUCAUUCGAGAAAUGAGGGGAGGAACACAUUGUCCAACAUGGAAACUGUAUUUAUCUAGAAGAUACUAUUGCAACACUAAAAGAUCUGAGCAAGGAUUUGAUUAUUAGAAUAUUUCUUAUGAUAUAACAUAAUAUUGCUCAUACGUAAAAGUGAAAAUGGCAAAUCUUUACAAGUCUAUAUAUUUAUGUAAUAGAGUGUUAUAAAUGAUUAUGAAAACUAUAUGAAACAUUAAUAUUUCAUUUGAAUUAAUUGAAAUAAAAGACAUACCAAAACGAUA